CUUCAACAGCUUCUCGUUGCUUCUUCAUACUUGCGGCUUCUUGUUCUCAUUUUAGGCGUUGACUUAAACAGAAAGAGCCCUCCGAGAUGGCCGAGAAGAGCAAAGUCCUGGUGAUUGGAGGCACUGGAUACCUCGGAAAGUCCAUCGUGGAAGCGAGUGCUAAGUCCGGCCACCCUACCUUCGCUCUCGUGAGGGAGUCCGCUCUCUCCAGCCCCGCCAAGGCCAACAUCGUCGAAGGCUUUAGGAGCUUAGGCGUCAAUUUAUUUCAUGGAGACAUACACGAUCAAGAGAGUCUACUGAACGCAAUUAAGCAGGUUGAUGUGGUAAUUUCUGCAGUUGGGACAGAACGAGUAGAGGACCAAGAGAAGAUUGUUGCUGCCAUUAAGGCAGCUGGGAAUGUCAAGAGAUUCUUGCCUUCAGAGUUUGGAUGUGAUGUGGAUCGUGUCCAUGCUGUGGAGCCAAUGAAAGCUUUACUUGCCACUAAGGCUAAGAUCCGCCGCCUUGUUGAGGCCGAGGGAAUCCCUUAUACCUAUGUAUGUUCUAACUGUUUUGCGGGUUACUUCCUUCCAACAUUGUCACAGCCGGGGGCUACAGCUUGCCCUAGAGAUAAAGUUGUCAUCUUUGGGGAUGGAAAUGCAAAAGCGGUGAUUAACAAGGAGGAUGACAUUGGCAUCUAUACCAUCAAAUCUGUGGAUGAUCCAAGGACCUUGAACAAAAUUCUGUAUGUCAGACCUCCUGCCAACACCUACUCAUUUAAUGAUCUUGUGUCUUUGUGGGAGAGAAAGAUUGGCAAGAACCUAGAGAGGGUGUAUGUUCCGGAGGAGCAGGUUCUGAAGAACAUUCAAGAGGCGGCGGUUCCACUCAAAGCCACGUUGGCCAUAUUACAUUCUUGUUUCGUGAACGGAGACCAAACCAACUUCGAGAUUGAGCCAUCGUUUGAAGUGGAAGCUUCGGAACUCUAUCCCGAUAUCGAGUACACAACUGUGGAUCAGUACCUUGAUCAAUUUGUCUGAUUAUUGAAACCGACUGUGCUCGGUAAUUUCUCACAUCAACUGGACUCGUAUAUAAUACACGAUCAUGGAUUAGUACCUUCAUCAGUUUGUCUGAUAGCAGAAAUUGACUGUGUUUGGUAGAUUUCUCACAUUGGUUUGAAUCAUGAAUAAUAUGGGAUUCUGCUAGUUAGGAUCCUUGUGUGAAA